CUACGACUAGCGGAGGACAAGAGAGCAUGUUCGUGACAGAACAACCGCCCUCCAAAUUUCCAAGUGAGAAACAAUAGAAUGGCGAGUUACGCUGAACGUUUGCAGGCAUCUGCGCGUGGGCAGGAUCCUGAGACACCUUGGCGCGUGAACACCGAGGUCGACGUGCCCGCGCUCGACAUGGAGCUGCGCCACGUGCUGGACGCCAUCGAACUCGCGCUCGACACCAGUGGCCGCCCGCUCCGGGUGCUAAACGGCGAGUUCCCGCGCUCGGAUCUCUUGUCACCGGUCUUGCCGUUGGGUCCGCCAUGGCGUCGUUCCGGGCUUCCGCGAGCUUGCGACGACCGGAACGGAGAGUCGGAGGAAGGACCCCAUGCGCCGCUCCCGUUCAGACUGGAUUCGUGA